AUAGCUCUCUACUACUUUAAAACGAGGGAAUUCUCAAAGGCAACUUUGCAAGAUUGGUGAUGAAAGUAUCUGCAUCACAUUAGUGCAGGAGAUUCGAACUUAUAGACUUUGAAUCGAGCAAUUACAUUAUAUGCCAUGCUGCCAUUGUCUUUAUUGUGCAAUCUUUUCGCCUCUCGAAUCAUCUUACCCAGAGAAGAAGAGGACGAUUCAAUACAUGAAGCUGUUAGACUUGAGCACCACCACAGUAAUUCAUCAGCUCGCUUUCUCUGCAGCUCUAAAUUAUCAAAGCCCUUUAAAAGCUCUGUACAGAAUACAGAAAUUUCUGUGUUUUCCCCUGUUGUGGGUGAAGAGUUUUGCUCCUCCUCAGUCACUGUUCUGACUGUGAGAAAGAAGGCACUUGUUUUCAGUGGAGGGGGAUUCAUUGUGACCAACUCAUGCACUGGCCAGAUUGCUUUCAGGGUGGAUGGAAGGGGUCUUAGUUCAACAAACAAAAUGAUUCUCAUGGACCAUCUGGGAAAGCCUCUGCUAACAUUGCACCGCAAGGCUUAUAGAAUUCUCAACCAUUGGUAUGGAUUCCAUCGAGAGCAAUACCAUGGCCAUAAGUCCAUUUUCAGCGUGAGCAAAUCAUCAAUGUUUAGUAAAAAUGAAGUUGCAGAGGCGUUUGUGGGUUCUACCAGAGGAAAGAAACACUCUGACUAUAAAGUUUUGGGGAAUUUUAGUGAGCGACAUUGUAGUAUAUACAAUGGCCUUGGCACUUUAGUUGCAGAGGUGAAGAGAAAAUUUGCAACAUCAGAUGUAAUGUUAUCAAAAGAUGUUUUCAAUGUUGUAGUGAAAGUUGGCAUAGACCAGGCUUUUAUGAUGGCUUUGAUUGUCAUUCUCCAUCAGAUGAGUGGAGAACAGGACUCUAUCUGAAGUUGGCAUCACAUGACUAGACUAAUCUGAUUUCAAGAGCUCGUGACUAAACUAAGUUGUUGGAGCUUUUCUAACUUAGAGAUCAGCUUUGUAUCAAUGCAUUUUUAAUUGAAUAAAGCUGAAGUUUAAUAUUGUAUAGAUAUAAAAGAGAGUUUACAGAAACAUAACAAGGUGCUGAACAAAGAGAUUCAAAGCUCCAUGAUAGAAAUGGUGGUUCCAACUCUAGGGUUGCAUAGUCUAAUUGAAUCACCAUUGGAUUCUCCCUGUAUAGUGAUUUGGGCAACUCUGUCCAUUACUUGUAUAGUGAUUUGGGCAACUCUGUCCAUUACUUAAAGGAAUAGUAAUAUAAA